GCAGCCUCGUCCUGUCAGUGUCAGCCACUUUCUCCUGAAGCAGCUCAGUAUAACCCUGAUGCUCAGUGAGAAAAAUAGCACCGUUUGGUUGGAAACAUUCUUCUUGUAUCCCUUUUUGGUUGUAAACACGCCUGUACCACUGUUCAACGAGGUUACUGUCGACGCCAGGCUAGAAAAGGCGGAACAAAAAGGACGUCUGUGUUCUGUUUUUCAUCACAAUCUCGACGCUGUGCCUCUCUGCGCCGCUUCAGGGCGCCAUUGAGCUGAGCUGCUGAAGGGGUUCCCCUUUAAUAUCUCCCCCAUCCCCUUCCCUCUGCUUCUUUUUCCUCUCCGCCUGUCUGUCCUCCUGCUUCACAACACAGUACAGUACACCAGCCCUCUAGUAGUGGCAGCAGCAACCAACACAAAUGUGUUCAGUCUCUCCUCGCUGCCUCAGUUUCUGCUCUGUAUAAAAAACAGCCAUUUAUCAUCAAUCAUGGCCGCCGGAGUACAAAUUUAACUCACGUCUUUCCUCCCUGUCGUUUCGAGGGGAGGGUAUUUUGUUUGAGAAAACAAAAUAUUAGUCCCACACUGAAUUGGAUUUCCUAUCGGAAUUACAAUAGAUCUCACAAGGGAAACACCAUUCAUGUCAAUACUCCAAAAUGCAGCCGCCGCCGAGGAAGGUCAAAGUGACACAGGAGCUGAAAAACACACACACAGAGCAGAUGACAAGACUGCACUUUAAACAUCAGACUGAAUGUGACCUGCUGGAAGAUAUGAGGAGCUACAGUCUGAAGAAGGGACAGCUGGAGAGGGACUAUGCACAGGCUCUGCAGAAGUUAGCAAGCCAGUACUUAAAGAGAGACUGGCCUGGAAUCAACCCUGAUGACCAGAGAACAGACUACAGGAAUGUGUACGCAGUGUGGAGGUCCUACUUAGAAGGUACAGUGCAGGUGAGCCAGUCCAGGCUCAACGUGUGUGACAACUACAAAAGUCAAGUGUCAGAGCCGUCGAAGACUGUUAGACUCUACAAGGAGCAGCAACUGAAAAAGACCAUAGAUCAGUUAAGUGGCAUUCAAGCCGAGCUGCAGGAGUCGGUGAAAGAGUUGGCCAAAGCCAAGAAAAAAUACUACGACUGCGAGCAGGUUGCCCACGCCAUACGAGAGAAGGCUGACAUAGAGGCCAAGUCUAAAUUGGGACUUUUUCAAUCAAGAAUUAGUUUACAGAAAGCAAGUGUAAAGUUGAAAGCUAAGAGAAGUGACUGUAACUCAAAAGCAACGCAGGCCAGGAAUGACUACUUGCUAACGCUAGCUGCUGCCAAUGCUCACCACGACCGGUACUACCAUACAGAUCUACUGCACUGCAUACAGGCUCUGGAUGGCAGGAUCUACGAGCAUGUGAAAGACUACCUAGUAGCGCUGUGUCGGACUGAGCUGGAGGCCUACCAAGCCACACACAACACCUACCAGUUCCUGUUGGACAAAUCCACCAGGAUAAUACAAGAGUUCAACCAGCAGCUGUUCAUGCAGGAGAAUCCAGUGUUUCACAAAGCACACGACUUCCAGUUUCAGCCCAGUGAAUGUGACACGACUCUGAGCUCGGUGCAGCAGUUGGUGGACAUUGAGCCGUCGCCCGUCAGUGCUAUGAGAAUGACCCUGGCACAGAGUCGUCAGCUGGAGUCGGAGACGGGGACGACAGAGGAGCACAGUCUGAACAAGGAGGCCAGAAAAUGGGCGACCAGAGUGGCACGAGAACACAAGAAUAUCAUACAUUAUAAGAGAUGUCUGGAGGAGUGUGAAAGCCACGGCCUGCCCCCCACAGAGCAGGGAAGGCUUGAUCUGGAGAUAAAGAUAGAAGACACCAAAGAGAACAUGAGGAAAGCUGAGACAAUUAAAUUAAAGGCCGAGGCUCGCCUGGACCUUCUGCGGCAGGUUGGGGUUGCUGUGGAUACGUGGCUGAAGAGCGCCAUGAACCAGGUGAUGGAGGAGCUGGAGAAUGAACGUUGGGCCAGCUACACUUCCCACGAUCCCUCACUGUCGGGCACAGUGGACUUGGAGCGUGAAGAAGGCGAGGAGUGUGAGGAGAACAUGGAGGUUUUUGACGACAGCAGCUCCAGUCCUUCGGGAACUCUCCGAAACUACCCGCUCACCUGCAAAGUCCUGUACUCGUACAAGGCCUCUCAGCCGGAUGAGUUAACAAUUGAUGAGAAGGAGAUGUUGGAGGUCAUUGAAGACGGGGACAUGGAGGACUGGGUCAAGGCUCGCAACAAGACCGGUCAGGUGGGUUAUGUACCAGAGAAAUACCUACAGUUCCCAACCUCCAACAGUCUGCUGAGCAUGCUCCAGUCUCUGGCCACGCUCGAUGCUCGAUCACACACCUCGUCUAACUCCACUGAGCCGGAGCUGCACUCCAACUGCGUCAAUGGAGACACCAACGCCAUGUUUGUCCGGGCGCUGUAUGAUUACGAGGGCCAGGCGGACGAGGAGCUGUCUUUCGCAGAGGGAGCGGUGAUCCGCCUGCUGAGCCGAGACACUCAGACGGAUGACGGCUUCUGGGAGGGGGAGCUCAACGGGCGGGUGGGCGUCUUCCCUUCGGUGCUGGUGGAAGAUUUCACAGAGAAUGGGGAGACCAGUGGAGGAGUGCUGGGCGACAUACAGAUUUCUCCAUCCCUGAAGUUGCCAUCAUCCCUGCCACCUCUUCCGCUGUAUGACCAGCCUCCCAUCAGCCCUUUCACCAGCCCCGAGACCUCCACCCCACCUCCUCUCCCACGCUCACCCUCCACAGCACUCAACGGGGAGCACAAGCCUCCGCAGCCGGCACCGACACACAAGGGACCGCAUCCCACCCACAAUCAAAACUCUGGCAGGAGUCCAGUGUCUCCAGGAUUUCCUCAGCCUCUGAGAUUCACCCCUGAAGGAGGCCAGAGCAAACUACGACCUGUGCGAGCUGCUCCUCCUCCACCCAAACAGCACCCCCGCCGACAGCAGGAGAAGAGCGACAAAACAGAGGAGGUGGAGAUCACACUGGUGUGACAGACAGCCAAGCUGGCAGGCGGUGUUACAGAUAUAAAAAAUAAAAACAGAUGACAGACAUACGUAUCCUA